CUAAAAUGUACCCAUGAUCCUCCUGAAACGUAUGACCUGUCUCUGGCCUUGGCGUGUGUCUCAGUGCUGCCCGCUGUCUGCUAGCUGUCAGUAGGUUGACUUGGUUUGUAACUAGUUAACUAGCGAGUCUUCCUGUCCGACAAGUCGGCUAGUUAACCGGGUUGGGAAACCGUUAACGGCGGAGCUGAGCCACAAUGCUGAAAUGUAGGACCGUGUGGAAAAAGCUUGCGCCUCUCGCCAGAGCUUCAUCCACUGUGUGCCGGCAGAAUGUGAGGAGGACAGCGUUAACCAAUGGCAGAAUACCAUCAAGUGCACCCGCGGCUCACAUGUCCACCGGGCCGGCGGGGGGAAUCGGACCAAACCAGAUCUACGCCCUUGUGUUUGGAACAGCCUGCCUCGGUGGAGGGAUAUAUGCGUACCGAAUGAUCAAAGGAGACAAACAAAGAUAUCAGGAACGUAUUGAUGAAAUUGAAUCCAGAAAACAUAAAGACAAAAAAGAAUCAGACACAACCAUCCAAUCAGAGCCUCCCGCUGUGGAGGCUCCUGUGACAGAGGCCGUCCCUGAGCCAGAACCUCAAGCAGCGCCUUCAGCGGAGGAGACAAGCCCCCCGGCCCCUGAUGCUGAAGUAGCGGCCCCCAGUGAAACAACAGAAACGCCCCCAGCAGAUGAGCCAGUGGUAGAGACGCCUCCGGAAGAGGCAGCAGAACCACCUGCUGCAGCUGUAGUUGAGGAGGAACCAUCAGCCCCUUCUGAGCCACCGUCUUCAGCCGAGCUUACAGAACCACCUCCAGCCGAGCUUACAGAACCACCUCCAGCCGAGCUUACAGAACCACCUCCAGCUGAGCUUACUGAGCUGCCUCCAGUUGAGCUAACCGAGCCGCCUUCCUCUGAGCUUACCGAGCCGCCCCUGGCUGAGCUAACCGAGCCGCCCUCAGCUGAUCUUACCGAGCCGCCCUCAGCUGAUCUUACCGAGCCGCCCCCUGCACCUGUUGUGGAGAGUGAACUUGCAGCAGCAGCAGAAACACCCGCAGCAGAGCCGCCUCAGCCUGAAGUUGUGGCACCGAGUGGUGUCGACUCCGAACCCGCCUCCUCCAAGAUCCCCUCACACACCCCCUACCUCCUCAUCGGUGGAGGUACCGCCUCUUUCGCUGCUGCCCGGUCUAUUCGAGCCAGAGAUCCUGGUGCCAGGGUAUUGAUAGUGACUGAUGAGCCAGACCUUCCAUACAUGAGACCACCUCUUUCUAAGGAGCUGUGGUUCUCCGACGACCCCAGUGUGACGGAAACGCUGCGUUUCAAACAGUGGAAUGGAAAAGAAAGAAGCAUUUACUUUCAGCCUGCAUCAUUCUACAUUACUGCAGACGAAUUGAAUAGUGCAGAAAACGGGGGAGUGGCUGUUCUCACUGGCAAAAAGGUGGUUCACAUGGAUGUGAGAGGAAACAAAGUAAAACUGGACGAUGAUACUGAGAUUUCAUACGACAAAUGUUUGAUCGCUACAGGCGGAGUCCCAAGAAAUCUGCAGGUCAUUGAGAGAGCAGGAGAUGAGGUGAUGGCGAAGACGACUUUGUUCCGCAAGAUCGACGACUUCAAAUCAUUGGAUAAGGUCUCCAGAAACAUCCAGUCCAUCACAAUCAUCGGGGGCGGCUUCCUGGGCAGCGAGCUUGCCUGCGCUCUCGGCAGGAGAUCUAAUGAGUCUGGCCUGGAGGUGAUACAGAUGUACCCUGAGAAGGGCAACAUGGGGAAAGUGUUGCCUGAGUAUCUGAGCAACUGGACAACAGAAAAAGUCAAGAAAGAGGGCGUAAAAAUCAUCUCAGAGGCUUUGGUGAAAUCCGUGACCUGCAAAGACGACAAGUUAGAAAUCCAACUGAAGGAUGGCCGACUGGUGAAAACCGAUCACAUUGUUGCAGCUGUUGGCCUGGAGCCCAAUGUUGACCUUGCCAAGUCAGCAGGUCUGGAGGUGGACUCUGACUUCGGUGGCUUUCGGGUCAAUGCAGAGCUGCAAGCUAGAUCCAAUAUUUGGGUGGCGGGAGAUGCUGCGUGCUUCUACGACAUCAGACUUGGCCGCAGACGGGUGGAGCACCACGAUCACGCCGUUGUGAGUGGAAGACUAGCAGGAGAGAACAUGACGGGAGCCAACAAACCGUACUGGCAUCAGUCUAUGUUCUGGAGUGACCUGGGACCAGACGUCGGGUACGAGGCGAUUGGGAUUGUUGACAGCAGCCUACCAACAGUCGGAGUGUUUGCCAAAGCCACUGCCAAGGAUACACCUAAAGCUGCUACAGAGAAGUCCGGAACUGGGAUCCGGUCAGAGAGUGAAACAGAGGAAACAGCCACAAGCCCAGUGGCCUCUUCAUUGCCUCCUCCCGCUGUGGUGCAGCACAAAGACGAUUAUGGAAAAGGAGUCAUCUUCUACCUGAGGGACAAGGUGGUGGUGGGCAUCAUCCUGUGGAACGUGUUUAACAGGAUGCCCAUCGCAAGGAAGAUCAUCAAGGAUGGAGAGGAGCACGCAGAUCUGAAUGAAGUGGCCAAGCUGUUCAACAUCCACGAGGAUUAAGACGGAGGGGAGUUACGCUUCGUGAUAAGACUGAAUUUUGACAUCGUCACACUCUGAUCACUGAUCAUACAUGCAAAACGGGAGAAUUUAUGUAAAUGUUGUCACGUCGCCGAAAUAUUUUCGUAUUUGGAAUUUCUAUCCGCUGCAGCAUUUUUUUUUUUUUUUUUUUUUUUUUUAAAUAUUUAGGAAAAAAUUAUGGUCAACCACUAUCCACCAAACUUUACACUCAUGUUUCUUUUCUUUUUUUAAAGUCUUGAUCAAGAUGUGAUUGUCUGUCUGCUUUUCCCCACCAGGCUGAAAAUGUUGGGCAUGGAUUAUUGUUUUGUUUUUUUCUGUGUGUGAUCAGAGCAGCUUGUCGCAAGAGAAGCUGCAAUAAAAGCUAUUUUUAAAUUGGA